UUCCCUGUCGCCUUCUUCUUGCGAAGGGAUGCGGUUCGUUCGGCACGGGGUGUGCGCCUUCCGCAACCGAGGUCGUCCAGCCCUGUGCCCGGCAUGCGCAAGACCUGCUCGACGAAAUGCCGGCCCCGGGAUUUCGAGGUCAGAUGAUUCUUCUUCUUACGGAAACGUUGCUGUAUUUGGAUUUCAUAUGUCAUUGCCAGACUAUUACGGAAUGGCUACUUUAAUCAUUGGACGCGGAGUAGUUUUGUCAUGUUCUGUGAUGUCCGCACUCUUUUGGAUAUUCUCCACGCCUGGGUUUGUUCUCGCAUAAUGGCUGUAGUUUACUUUGGCUAGGCUAUGUGUUCGGAUCACAAAAUUUUUGUAUUCAACUGCAAAUUCAGAUUUCAGUACGUUGGUUUCCUAUGCAGGGCAUUUCUACUUUAUCAAUUUUGACUAUCCCGGGAUCUUUAAGUAAUCUUCCGAAGGAAAAUGUGAACUAAAUAGAUCAUCUAUGUAUUGUACUCCCUCCGUCCCAUAUUAAGUGACUUUCUAUUACAUGUAUCUAGGCGCUUCUUAGUCUCAUAUUAAGUGACUCAAAUUUGCCCAAAUAUGAAUGUAUCUAUGCCUAAGAAGCGUCUAGAUACAUGUAAUAGAAAGUCACUUAAUAUGGGACAGAGGGAGUAUAAGUCAGCAAUACAAGAAUUCCGACAUGCAACUACAUUAGAAGUUCUACACACAACUUCAACCUAUAGAUGUGAUCUCUAUAGGUGGAGUGGUCAUUUUUUUGACCGAAAGUGGAGUGGUCAUUAGAUAACUUGCACUGCAAUAUUCUUGACUGGUCAGUAAGUCUCAAUGUUAUGUUCUGCGGGCUGCCGGUUGAUCAUGAACUCUCGAAGGCUCACUUUCGCUCCUAUAGUUCUUACAGCGCUGGCAGAUUUCAUGACUGUUUGGCUUGCUAUCCAUUUGUAAAGUGCUGUCCACAGAGUGCAGACAGGGACAUGCGUGCAACAUGUUUGACGGAAUGCCGCCAUGGACCAUGGAUUUUGUCACUAGCUUUGGAGUCUAGAGUCCAUGAUCUGCAAAUAUGACAAAAGGAAAAUGAUGAAGCAAUAUUCACAGAGGAACUGGAGAGGACGACGGCCAUGGACACUGUGCAAUGGAUCAUGUCAGUAGGGACCAGCUUCUUGGAAGCAAUCCAGCUGAGCAACGACCUAUCCCACCUCCGGACCAGCUUGCCGAGGGCCCGUGUCCUCAUCGAUCGUGCUGAGUGGGGCAGGUUCAAGGACAAGGAGCUGGAAAAACUUCUCUUGGAGCUCAAAAACACCACCUAUGACUCUGAGGACCUUCUCCGCAAGUUCGAUGACCAGGUGCUGCGACAGAAGAUGGAGGACACAAACCGAAGCAGGGCAGGUCAAUUUAUUUCUUCCUCUCUUAAUAUUGCAAAGGGUUUGAUCAGCGGUAGCAAAACAAGGGUAAAGGAAGCCCAGAGUAAGCUUGACAAGGUUGUGGCUGAGAUUGAGAGGAUGCUCGAUCUUAUGGGUUUUAAUGUUGAGCCGGUGCAACUUGGCAAGCAGCUCAUGCCAGAGACGAGUUCAAUGAUCACAGAGCCCAUGGUGUUUGGACGUGACGAAGAACGGGACAAGGUGAUUGCAUUGUUAGGCGUGCCGCCCACCAACUAUAGAUCUGCAACACGGACCCAUACCUUCAUUGAAGGUCUAACAGCUAAGAGAAUGAAAGGAGAGAAUAGUGGAGCCAAACUUGUCAUUGACGAUGACAAGCCAUGCAUGGAGGAUCCUACUGUCUUGCCGAUUGUUGGCAUUGGUGGGGUCGGUAAGACUACGCUUGCUCAGCUAGUCUACAAUGAUUCAAGGGUGACAACCCACUUUGAUGUAAGGAUAUGGGUCUGUGUUUCCGAUCUCUUUGACAAGAGAAGGAUAACGAAAGAGAUCAUUCAGGUUCUCAACCAAAAGAGAAAAGAGACCAUAUUAUCCAUCACCACGGAAGAAUUUUAUUCACCACCAAGUUUAGAUAAUCUUCAAAUGAAAUUGAUGGAGGAGUUGAUGGACCAGAAGUUUCUUCUUGUGCUGGAUGAUGUAUGGCCCAAUGCCAAUCAGGAAUGGCGGGGAUUCUCAGCGCCACUAAGAUAUGGGCGUAAAGGCAGCAUGAUCCUAGUGACCACUAGAUCUCUGAAGGUUGCUGAAUAUGUCACCACCAUUGAGCCUGUGAAACUUGAAGGCCUGCCUACUGAUAUAUUUUUGGAGUUCUUCAAGAAGUGUGCAUUCGGUAGAGAGUCCCCAGAGUCAUAUCCUCAGCUGCAAGACAUUGGUCGGAGCAUUGUCUCUAGUUUGUGCGGCUCUCCUCUGGCAGCCAAAACUCUCGGACGCUUGCUGAAUGACAAUCUGACAGAACAACAUUGGAGGGGUAUCCAGAACAACGAAUUGUGGGAGCUAUCGUAUGAAAGAAAUGAUAUAUUACCGGCCCUUCAGCUGAGCUACUUGUAUCUCCCACAGGAACUCAAGAGAUGCUUUAGAUUAUGUUCUAUUUAUCCGAAAGAUUAUAGCUUCAGAAGAGAUGAGAUAGUUGACAUUUGGGUGUCACAGGGCUUUGUUGCACAAGAAGGAAGCAUCUGCCUUGAAGAUACGGGCAAUAGGUAUUUGGAUGAUUUGAGAAGCCGGUUCCUGUUUCAAGAUGAUCCCAAAUUCCCUGGACUUGGUAGAUACGUAAUGCAUGACUUGAUCUGUGAAAUGGCACAGCCUGUUUCAGUAGGUGAGUGCUUUUUGAUGCAAAACUUUAGCUACCAGAACCAGAGGACUACGUCACAUACAGUUCGCCAUAUGUCAAUCGAGUCAGACAGUGAAGCUCAGAGCAGAUUAACAAAUGUCACAACUCUUCACCAUCUGAAUAAACUGCAUUCACUUAGGCUUGGAACCAGAUUCGUUAUUGAGAUUUCAUGGUUCAGUCAGCUCUCCAACAUCCUCUUUUUGAGUCUGAAAGGUUGCAGCCUGGAAAAGCUACCUGAGGGCAUUUGUGUGCUGAAUCAUCUUCGCUGUCUUGAUAUAUCUGAAAGUAGUAUUCAAGAAGUACCUAACAAAAUCGAGUGCCUCUGCAGCCUACAAGUUCUCGAUGCCAGUUGUUCAAGUUUGCGAACAAUUCCUGAAGGCAUAACAAAACUAGUCAACCUGCGCUGUCUUUCGCUGCCAAUGGAAGCCUCUAUGAAGUUAUCUAAGAUAAGUGGGCUUGGAAAUCUGUCUUCUUUACGGAACUUGAGCUAUUUCAAAGUUGGAACGGUGACUGGUAGGAGAAUUGGUGAGUUGAAGGACAUGAGUCUGCUCGGUGGAACACUACAUAUCAUGUCUUUGGUUAACGUGCAGAGUCGGGAAGAAGCUGCUGAGGCUAGGCUUGUUGACAAGCAAUACCUUAAAGUAUUAAUCCUACAGUGGCGAGGUCAUAUCUCCUUGCACUUGAAAAGUGAUGAGAACUAUGUGCUUGAAGGCUUGCAUCCUCCUUCAGGAAUUGAAUGUCUUAUGGUCCGAGGGUUUGGGGGCCAUGCUUCUCCUAGUUGGCUAAAGCCAGAAAACCUACCAACAUUAAAAAUCUUAGAAUUUUUCCAAUGUUGCUCACUGGGAUGUUUAUCAGUUGAAGCGUCUAUUACUUCUGCUGAUGGUACGGCAGCUGGUUCAACUGGUGAUGACAGGUUGAGGCGUGCAGUAAGCCGCAGUAGCAAUGGCAUUGCACGUCUCCCCCUCAUACGCCUAACUAGUUUACGCCUUGUUAGAUGUGGAAGUCUGACAAAUGUUGACCAGCUCUUGUCCCCAGGAUAUCUGCCAUCUCUCAGAUCGAUAGAGCUUGUGCACUGUGAAAGUCUAGCAUCACUACCUGUCCACAAUUUUGUGGGAUUUGUUUGCCUUCAAGACCUGAAGAUCCAUCACUGCUGGAAGUUGGAGUGCCCAAGAGAAAUGGUUUUGCCCCAUUCAACCCAACGACUCUCUAUUUACAAUUGUGGUGGGCUUGACAGGUCAUUUCCUGGCUGCUUAAAGAACACCACCUCUCUCACCCUUCUGGAUUUGGAAUGCUGCCCUAACAUGGAGUCUAUUCAAUUAAGCUCGAUCAGCACAAAUAACAAACUCAAAUAUCUGGUUAUCCGUGACUGCCCGGAGUUAUCCUCUAUAGGAGCAAUGCAUGCUCUUUCGUCCAUAUAUUAUGUAGAAAUAUCUGACUGCCCUAAGCUGACUCAAGUACAACAACCAUUCUUGAAUGGAUCGAAGCCAGAGGAUGAUGAACUACUCGAAUUUAUCUAUUCGUAAAUGUAAGAUCUCUAAUUUCUGUUAUGAAAGAAUAAAUGUUUUAACCAAGUUCAAGUUUGUACAGGUGCUGAAUGUAAUACACAUCUUCCCGAUUUUUGGGGAAUGACCUUGCAUAUGCUGUCGCCUUUCAUAUUC